AAUUUUCAUUACCAGUCACCAUCCCCUUAUCAACAACACAAUCCUUAUCUCAAACCUUCAUUGCAAAACCCAAAACCCACAUACAAGUGAUAAAGUAGAAGAAGAAAAAAAAUGGAAAAAAUUCAUAUUUUCAUACCCAAUAAAUCAAUAACUCCAUUAUCAUUCCCCAAUAAACCCACCAAAUUUGAUUGCAUUUCUUCAAAAAGGGUCAAUGCAAAUUCCAACAAUGUCUCAACAACCAAACCUUCAAUUCGAAAAUUAAUUGAUUCCCAAUUGAACCAAUUAUGCAUUAAUGGCUCCCUUAGUGAAGCUGUGACAAUUCUUGAUUCCCUUGCUGAGCAAGGGUGUAGGGUGAAACCCAUUACUUAUAUGAAUUUGUUACAGUCAUGCAUUGAUAAAGAUUGUAUUUUUAUUGGUAAGGAAUUGCAUUCUAGAAUUGGGUUGGUUGAAAAUGUGAACCCUUUUGUGGAGACUAAGUUGGUUAGUAUGUAUGCGAAAUGUGGGUUGUUGGGUAUGGCGCGGAAGGUGUUUAAUGAAAUGUCUGUGAGGAAUUUGUUUACUUGGUCUGCUAUGAUUGGUGGUUGUUCGAGGAAUAAGAGUUGGGGGGAGGUUGUGGGUUUGUUUUAUGCAAUGAUGAGGGAUGGUGUUUUGCCGGAUGAGUUUUUGCUUCCGAAGGUUUUGCAGGCGUGUGGGAAGUGUAGGGAUUUGGAGACUGGGAGGUUGAUACAUUCGAUGGUGAUUAGACGUGGAAUGCGGUGGUCGAAGCAUUUGCGUAAUUCGAUUAUGGCUGUGUAUGCUAAGUGUGGGGAGAUGGAUUGUGCGAAGAAGAUUUUUGAUUGUAUGGAUGAGAGGGAUAGUGUUGCGUGGAAUGCGAUGAUAUCUGGGUUUUGUCAGAAUGGUGAGAUUGGACAAGCUCAGAAGUAUUUUGAUGCUAUGCAGAAAGAUGGAGUUGAACCUAGUUUGGUAACUUGGAAUAUUUUGAUUUCUUGUUAUAAUCAGUUAGGGCAUUGUGAUCUUGCAAUUGAUUUAAUGAGAAAGAUGGAGUGGUUUGGUAUUGCUCCAGAUGUAUAUACUUGGACUUCGAUGAUUUCUGGAUUUACUCAAAAGGGUAGGAUAAGUCAUGCUUUAGAUUUGUUGAAAGAGAUGUUUUUAGCUGGUGUUGAGGCCAAUAACAUUACAAUUGCAAGUGCUGCCUCAGCAUGUGCAGCCUUAAAAUCAUUGAGUAUGGGAUUAGAAAUACAUUCUAUUGCUGUUAAGAUGAAUUUGGUCGACAAUGUAUUAGUUGGUAAUUCACUGAUUGACAUGUAUUGCAAGUGUGGUGAUCUUAAAGCUGCUCAACACAUUUUUGAUAUGAUGUCAGAGAGAGAUGUAUAUUCUUGGAACUCAAUUAUUGGAGGGUAUUUCCAAGCUGGUUUCUGUGGCAAAGCUCAUGAAUUAUUUAUGAAAAUGCAGGAGUCUGAUUCACCACCCAAUAUUAUUACAUGGAAUAUAAUGAUCACAGGAUAUAUGCAGAGUGGUGCCGAGGAUCAGGCGUUGGAUCUUUUUAAAAGCAUUGAGAAAGAUGGGAAAACUAAGCGAAAUGCAGCUUCUUGGAAUUCUCUGAUAUCUGGUUUCGUACAAAGUGGACAAAAGGACAAGGCUUUACAGAUAUUCCGGAACAUGCAGUUUUGCCACAUACUUCCCAACUCGGUCACAAUACUAAGUAUCCUUCCGGUCUGUGCAAAUUUAGUGGCUAGCAAGAAAGUGAAAGAAAUCCAUUGUUUUGCAGUCCGUAGAAUUUUAGUGUCUGAACUUUCCGUAUCAAAUUUAUUAAUCGAUAGUUAUGCCAAGUCAGGAAAUUUAAUGUACUCGAAAAAUAUUUUUAAUGAAUUGUCAUGGAAAGAUGCUGUCAGUUGGAACUCUAUGCUUUCAAGUUAUGUUUUACAUGGCUGUUCAGAGUCUGCACUUGAUCUUUUUUAUCAAAUGAGGAAGCAAGGGCUUCAACCAAAUAGAGGUACUUUCGCAAGUAUUCUCUUAGCUUAUGGUCAUGCUGGAAUGAAACCUGCAUCUGUUGGGCCAUGGGGCGGCAAUGGAGGGUCCCGUUGGGAUGAUGGAAUAUACUCUGGAGUAAGGCAGUUGGUGGUAGUUCACGGAACUGGAAUUGACUCCAUCCAGAUUGAAUAUGAUAAGAAAGGAAGCUCUAUUUGGUCAGAGAAACAUGGUGGAACUGGAGGAAAUAAAACUGACAAGGUUAAACUUGAUUAUCCAGAUGAGUUCUUAACUUCAGUUCACGGAUACUAUGGUAGCUUGAACCAAUGGGGCCACAACUUGGUUCGGUCACUGAGUUUUGAGAGUAACAAGAAAACUUAUGGACCAUUUGGUGUCGAGCAAGGCACAUAUUUUUCAGUACCAAUGACUGGGGCCAAGAUUGUUGGGUUCCAUGGCAGGUGUGGUUGGUACCUAGAUGCCAUUGGAGUAUAUAUGAAGUCCUUGAAGCAACCAAAUCCAGCGAAAGCCUUGCAUCAUUCUGAUCACGUUAAUAACACUAGUGAGAAUUUUGGCUAUUCAGUGAUACAAGGAACUGUGAACCAGAAUUAUGAUAUUGUUCUUGCCGUAAGACAGAAAGAUCAUAAAGAUGAUUUCGGUAAGCCUAUACCAAACAAGAUGCCAGGGAAGAUUUCUACUAUCAAAGAAUCUAAAAACAUUGAACACAAAGAAAAGAUAACUCAUUCAGAAAUUCCACCCGCAAAGGUUGGUGGUGUAGUUACAUGCGGUCCUUGGGGUGGCGUUGGCGGAUAUGCAUUUGACGAUGGGACCUAUAAAGGAAUCAGGCAAAUCAAUUUAUCGCGCAAUGUUGGAAUUGUAUGGAUUAGAGUUAUGUAUGAUCAUGAUGGGGAUGCCAUAUGGGGAUGCAAACAAGGUGGGACAGGAGGAUAUAAAAGUGAUAAGAUAGUCUUUGAUUUCCCAUAUGAAGUCUUGACAUAUAUAUCGGGAUACCAUGGACCUUUGAUGUACAUGGGACCUGCUGUUAUAAGAUCACUAACUUUCCACACCACAAAAAGGAAGUAUGGACCAUUUGGGGAAGAACAAGGAACUUAUUUCACCACAAAGGUGAAAGAAGGUAAAAUCGUCGGCAUUCAUGGGAGAAAAGGUUUGUUUCUCGAUGCUUUUGGUGUACAUGUGCUUGAAGGAAAAGUGGUUGUGCCGGUGGCAAUGCCUCCGAAGGAAAUCAUCCCUAGAGAAACAAAUAUUGGUGAAAUAGGCGGUACUCAAUGGCCUAACAAACUGGUGCUUGCUAAGCCAACAGCAGCUGAAGAGGUUUCUUGUGGUGUGGUCAAAGAACCAGCUCCAUGUGGCCCAGGCCCUUGGGGUGGGGAUGGAGGUAGACCUUGGGAUGAUGGAGUCUUUUCUGCGAUUAAGCAGAUUUAUUUGACAAAAGUAUCAGAUGGCAUCUGCUCUAUCCAAAUUGAGUAUGAUCGAAACAGGCAAUCUGUGUGGUCUAUAAAACACGGCGGUAAUGGAGGAGACACCAUGCAUAGGAUACAACUGGAGUUUCCACAUGAGGUAUUGACUUGUAUAUCUGGCUAUUAUGGGUCAAUCACAAAGGAUGAGAAGCAUACAGUCAUAAAAUCACUGACAUUCCACACCAGCCGCGGUCAGUAUGGUCCAUAUGGUGAGGAAGUAGGGAAAUUCUUCACCUCAACCACUACAGAGGGAAAGGUGGUGGGUUUCCAUGGGAGGAGUAGCUUGUACUUGGAUGCUAUUGGGAUCCACAUGCAACACUGGCUUGGAAGUCAGAAAACUUCAAGGUCCUCCCUUUUCAAGCUAUUUUGAGUUUCUGAUCCGCAGUGCUUGAACAAAACAUCAGUUUGGCAUUUGGAGAAGUGUUGCAAGGAGUUUCAAAUUUUAGUGUAAUCUGAAUAAGCAGAAUGUAAUCAGGUGAGAGCAUGAUUACCUGUAUACUCUGAAUAAUUGUUUGGUGGGGUUUUCUGAUCAACAUAAUAAUUUUCUUUACGAGAAUGAAUAAUGUAAUUUGUUUGUUGAUUUCUUACACUUCAAGGUAUGAUUUAAGAUUUCAAUUUUUGCA